CUUUCCGUCUGUUGCUUUCAUCGCUCUUCCCACUUCUUGAUCGCCCUCAUUCUCCUCCAAGACCAACUGUUUCUUGCUCCUUCAUUCUUCUUUACAGCUCAAAAUGGCUCGUUUUGUCGCUCAGGUUCUUGUUAUGGGAACUCAGGUCGUCGGCAAGGCCUUCAUGGAGGCCUACCGCCAGGCUGCAGCCAAUGCGGCCAAAAAUGGAGGGCAGCAUGCAGCCAAGAGCGGAAGUAAUGCCAGUGGUGGAUCCAAAGCCGCGGCGGCGGAUGCGCUCACACGCAAGGCUGGCAUGACCGUUGACGAGGCCAUGAACAUCCUGAAUAUCACUAAGGAUGCUGAACUCUCUAAGAUCAUCAAGAACUACGAGCAUUUGUACAAAGUGAAUGACAAGUCCGUCAACGGCUCGUUUUACUUGCAGUCAAAAGUCGUCCGGGCCAAGGAGCGUCUGGAAAUGGAAUGGGCUGCACAGGGUAAUCCCAUGAAAAUUCAGUCCGAGGCUGCAGCAGCAGAAGCAGAGGCAGCAGCGACAUCGGGAGCAGGAACAGGAACAUCAGAAGCAAUAGGCUCAAAAUCAUCACAUCCACCCAAUGGAGACAAGCAGGUGUGAACAGACGACGACGUAGUUGGUUCGGGAACGCCUCGCACGACCAUACGCAGCUGCAUUCACAUCAUCGACUUCACAGUAAUUAUAUAGUCGCCCUUGGAGCGGAAUAGAAUCGAUUUCCAUCUGAAUACUGAUGCAGGGCGCAAGGUGCAAGGAAAGAAUGUCAAAAAGGAACAGAGAGCUUCAGCGAGUGCAGGGCAUAUCGCUUUUUCGCUUUUUUUGUUUUUUUUUGUUUUGUACAUGCGCACAACGUGUCGAUAUCGUUAUAGAUUAUUCUUGAGAGGACAAAGAGAACCAAGUAUAUGUCGCAUUGCUUUUGCAAUGGCACGAUUGAAACAUAAACGAUAUUAAGAGAGUAUGUGAAGGUCAAAUGAAGGGGUGUCUUUUUUAUUUCGGCCACGGACAAUUUAACAAAAAAAAAGGAUAGCGCGAG